UGUGUGUAUGAUGACUUGGAGCAGAGGUAUAGCAGGCUAUAGCAGUGUGCUUGUUUACAAAGUAAGUGACUGACUGACUAUAGGGCCUUCUCCUCUUCACUCACCAAAAUCCAAAAUUUUAUUAGCCUACAUGCCACAGUAUGCCUCAGUUUGCAAGGAAGUAUAGUGGCGCUAUUACUUGAUUGCAAUGCAGCAUCUAACACACCUCUGCAAGAGAAUCAUGUCACCACAAGUUGUGGUUGCUUGGCCUUCUUCUUUCUCUCUUGUUUCUCCUUCUCUAGGCCUUCACAUUGGUGGAGCUCGCAUUUCUUCCAAUGCUCAAGAGGCUCAAUUCCAAUUCCUCUGCUCACGAUCAUGAUCAUACUGCUGCUGCUGCUGCUGCUCAGUCUCCGAGAUUUGUGUUUGAAUCCAAGAUGACAGUGCUGCUCCAGGGAUUUGGGGAUUCACCCUCUGCAAAGGCCACCAGCAACAAUUCUUCUGCUCAAUCGAUCUCCUCGGAGAUUGGAAGCCUCUUGUGGCAUCACAAGUUCUACUCCAACAACAAGAACAUCCGAUUCUGGCUCCCAAUUGCGCUGUUGCCCCUCGUCUUGCUUAACAGCUGCUUCAUUUACUUUGUCUUUGUCCGUGGCAGCGAGAAUUCCCAGCUCUCUGCGCCCGUUGGAGCUCCAAUUCUCCCAGAUCUCCAAAACUCCUCGAUUUCCGACGAGAUUCACCAGUUCCCCGCAUUGCCAGGCAGCGAUCUCGACACCCAACAACAAGAUACUUCCUCGAAUUCAGAAAGCUGCGAUUUGAGCAAGGGCGAGUGGAUUUUCGAUUCUACACCACCUCUUUACACGAAUUCCAGCUGCGAUCACAUCCAGCUCCUCCAGAAUUGCCUCAGAAACGGCAAGCCCGACACGGGCUACCUGCAUUGGCGAUGGCGACCUCACAACUGCGACCUCCCGCGAUUCGACCCCGCCACCUUUCUCGAGCUCAUGCGGGGCAAAAGUAUGCUCUUCUUCGGAGACUCGCUCGCCAGGAACCACAUGCAAUCGCUCCUUUGCUCCCUCUCCCAGGUGGAGAGACCCGACAAGGUGUACUCGCGAGAGGACAAGGACGUGAAAUGGGGCUUCCAAUCCUACAACUUUACGCUCGCCAUCGUCUGGUCGCCAUUCCUUGUCAAGCACGUCAAGGUUCGCGACGAUCCACUCCUCUUCAAUCUCCACUUAGACGUCCCACACCCGGCAUGGUGGCCAUCGCUCGCGAGCUACGAUUUCGCGGUCAUGUCCGCGUCCCAGUGGUUCUUCCGCCCAAGUCUCUACUCAAUCAACAACACCAUCUUCGGCUGCAACGAGUACUCCCGCGAGAACUACACCGACGUACAUUUCCUGACGGCGAUGGAGCUCGCAUUCCGUACGUCCCUCCGCGCCAUCGCCACGCUGGACGGCUACAAUGGGACCACGUUCCUCCGUACGGCCUCGCCGGAGCACUUCGAGCACGGGACGUGGAGCACCGGGGGGAAGUGCAACCGUACGCGGCCGACGCACUCCGUACGCGAUGCCGUACACGGCGGCGGCGGUGAGUUGGAGCUGCCGUGGCUGCCGAGCAAUCUCAACCGUGUGCAGCGCGACGAGGCCCGGAAGUUUGACCCAUCCAACGGCUCCAGGCUCCGGGUGCUGGACGUGACGUACAGCGCCUACCUCCGGCCCGACGGCCACCCUGGGCCAUACAGGAUAUACCAGCCGUACGCGAAAGAGCCCGGCCGCCACGUCCAAAACGAUUGCUUGCAUUGGUGCUUGCCGGGGCCUGUGGAUAUGUGGAACCAGCUCCUCCUGGAAUCUGUGAAGAAGUUGGAGAGAGACAAGGAAGAGUAGAUCAUAUAGAAUAGCUUUCUUCUUUGGUUCUAGGAGUGGUAGAGGCUUUCGUUGGCUGGACCAACCAGCCAUACUUUGAAGAAAAUGAAAGAAAGAGGAGAAUGGUGACUGUCCA